AUGCCAGCCCCCAUGGGGCUCCUCUGUGUGGUCUUGCUCUGGCUGCCGGUGGCAGUGACUGCGGAGAAGAUUCCAGAUUCGCAGGUGGGGCAGGCGGCCGCCUGCAUGACUGCAUGCACAGGGUCAGCUGGGCCCCUUCUCCAUGUGGGCACCAGGUAUAUCUAUCGCUUUUCCACCAAUACCAGCACCAGCCUGCAGGAGGUUCCGGUGGAGGGGAGUGGCCUUGGCCUCCAGGGCUUGGCUGUCCUUGAUGUGCUUGGCCCAUGCCAGAUGGCUUUACGGCUCCGAGACUUCGAGGUGACAUCCAUCCUGGGGUCCAAGGUGGAGCUUCUGAAGGAGUCGGAGAGCCUGAGCACUGCCCUGGGCCGUAACCCGCUCCGCUUCAUCCUGCACUCUGGGCGUGUGGUCCGCCUGUGUCCCCGGCCCGCUGAGCCACGCUGGGUGCUGAACGUGAAGCGUGCCGUGCUGAGCCUCCUGCAGGGCCACGCGGGGGCCUGCAGCUCCAAGACUCUGGAUGAAGUGGACAUCCUGGGCCGGUGUCCUACCACAUACCAGUGCCAUGGGGACUGGCUGCACAAGACCAAGGACCUGGCUCGAUGCUCCCUGCGCAGGGGACGCUCCUCGCUGCAUUCUCAGGCCCUGCCUGGAGUGGCCCCUGGCCUGGCCUCCCGUCUGACCUGCGUCCAGAGCUUCCGGGCUGGCGUGCUGCAGGAGGCCUCUUGCACAGAGCUGGACACCGCGGGGCCGCUGUCUGUGAAGGCAAGCGCUGUGCAGAUUCGGACCCUCUCCUCACUCAGCCUGCUGCACGAGAUGGCCCGAGAUCCAGCGGGCACAGAUCCAGAUGAUGGCGGCGAUGAAGACAUGACCCCAAGCGGCCUGCUAUAUGAGUGGGAGGAGACUCCAUCCCAGGCCCUGGUGGCUGCUGUAGACAAUUCAGUGAGGAGGCUAUGCCUGGCUCAGACAACCAGCUUGGAGGCUAUGGACUUGUUCCUGACACUGGUGUCCCAGCUCCAGGGCCUUUCUGGGGGUGAACUGAUGGAAGUCUGGCGACAUUCUUCCUUCAAAUGCCGAGACAAUGCGCAGCCGCUGCUGGAUGCACUGCGCUCCUGUGGGACGGAGCACUGCGUGGGCCUCAUGAAGGAACUCAUCGUAUCCGGGGAGGUGGAGCCAGACGAGGCGGAGGCGUGGCUUUCAUCACUGGCCUUCUUCCCACAGCCCACAGAUGCCAUGGUCCACGUGCUGCUGCCACUGCUCCAGACACCGUGGGCCAGUCCCAGCGCCUUCCUGGGCAUCUCAGCCCUGGUGCACAACCUCUGUGCUUCUCUGGAUGGGCCCUGUGGGCAGCUGCCUGGAGUCGGCUCCCUAGUGAGCAUCCUGGGAGAGGCCUUGGGUGAGAACUGUACCUUCCGGGAGCCCUCAGAAGCCGACAAGCUCCAGCUUGUGCUGAAGGCGAUCGGCAACGCGGGCUUGGCAGCCGUGGCUCUCACCCCCACACUCAGUGCCUGUGCGUCUCUGCGAAGCAGCACCCCCGAGAUCCGGCUGCAUGCCAUCCAGGCCUUCCGGAGGGUCCCCUGCUCUGUAGACCGAUCAGUGCUCUCCCAUCUGUACCAAUCCCCGGAGGAGGAUGCUGAGAUCCGUAUCAAUGCCUACCUGGCCCUGAUGAGAUGCCCCAGUGAAGAGGUGUUUGCUCAGGUGCGGCACACCCAGGCAGGCGAGCUGUCCACCCAGGUGGGUUCUUUUGUAUGGAGUCACCUCCUGCAGCUGCUGGAGACGCACGACCCCCUGAAACGAGCCCUCCGGGACACCCUCCCUGAGGACAUCCUCAGCCAGGAGUUCCACCCGGAAAUGUGGAAACACUCAUCCUAUUCUGAUGUCACCUUCCGCUCAGUGUCUGGCAACCUGGGAGCCAACCUGGAGGGGACUCUUCUCUUCUCUCCUGUCUCCUUUCUUCCCCGUUCUGCCACGGUCAACCUGACCAUCCACCUCGUGGACCGUGCCUUCAACCUUCUGGAGCUCGGGCUCCGGCUGGAAAAUGCUGAGGAAAUUGCUCGCAGGCUGUUUGGCAGGAAGUCAUUCUGGGGUGAGGGAGAUGGAAGAGAGGCCGAGGCAGAGAAGCCCCCAGGACCAGAACCUGGGCCUGCACCACUGGCAGCCGGCCCCAAGUGUCCAGGAGACAGAGCUAGAAGGAUGAGAGACCUUCAGCAGAAGGUGACCCAGAGGCCUGGGGUCCAGCAGCCUCUGCGAUGCCAGCUGAGCAUGAAGGUGCUGGGGCAGGAGCUGAGUUUUGUGAACUGUGGGGCCACAGGGAGUCAUGUGAAGCACCGGUCCCUGAGCCUGGCAGAGCUCGCCAUCAAGCUCCUGAAGGGGCAAGAGGUACAGAUUAACCGGAGGCUGAGCCUGGCCGCAGAGGAGCUGGUCUUGCCCACAGUGUCUGGCCUUCCUGCUCGGCUGGCCCUAAACGCCUCGGCCGCCAUCAGCAUCCGGGUCCGAGGAAUCGCCAACUUCCAGCAGCGCUCGGAUUUCUCUGUAAAUGGUUAUGUCAAGCCCAGUGCCCUGUUGCAGAUCUCGGCUCAGAUGGGCACAACGGGAGCCUUGGGGCAGGCUGGGCUGAGGUGGGUGACCAGCGUCCGCAGCGCUGCCAGCCUGGAUGGAGGGAUCCAGCUGCAGAAGAGCCGGGACCUCAAGGUGCAUCUGAACACGCCCGAGGAGGCCGUGGAGCUACUCAGCUUCAGCUCUAAGCUGUACGUCGUUACCAGGGAUGGCUUGAGGAGCCUUAGACACAUCCCUGUCCCUUCUGAGGCCCAGUCCUGUACUGGUGAGGAAGUGUCCUAUGCCUGGGGCUGGCGGCUGUGCGCUGGAGUGACCUGGCCGGUAGCUGGCCGGCCCUACCUGCUCUCACUGCCUGUGUUCGCCGCCGUGACGCUACAGAAGCAGGACCCAGGGCUCCGACGGUACCUGCUGGAAGCUGCCUGUUCCCUGCAGCCCCAGAAGGACAGCUGGUUGCCUCAAGAAGCCACAGCCCACAUCUUCAUGGGCACGCCCGGGUCAGAAGUGCCGAGGGAUGUCGGGGUGGACGUCAGCUACAGCUUGCCUCAGAGCAAGUUCCGGCUCAAGCUUCUCCAUCCCAGGAAGAAAAUCGAGCUGGACGGAAAGAUGGAGGCUCUUGAGAGUACCCACAUGGGUCACUUGGAGCUGGUGCUGGAUGACAGGGAUGUCUACUACAUCAAGGGCUGGAGUGACCUGCAGCCACCCAUCGGCAGCGAGGCAGAGAGGUUCCAGGCACAGCUGGAGGUGAAGCUGGUGACAGGGGGCAGCCCCGUCGUCUUGACGGGGAACCUCACGCGGCAGGCGGGCAGCAAGCUGGGCUUCUCCGCAUCGCUGAGUCAUGUGCUGAGUGACCAGGCCCACGUGAGAGCACUGCUGGAAAGGAAGGAGGAGGAUGGACAGUGGGUGGCCGCCCUCAGUGCUGAGCUCUUCGUGCCAGGGCUGGCGGGGCUGCGUGUCCUUGGCCUGCUGCAGCAGCGGGGCCGGCUCUGGACCAACUCCCUGAGGAUCCAGUACAGCCUCCUGGCUCAGGCAAAGCAGCCAGCGCACCAGUGCAGCACCAGCCAGAGGCUGCAGACAGAGAGCGGCUCAGAUGGCGCCUACAGGCUGGAGCUGGGCCAUGAGCUCCACUGCACACAGAUCCCGGCCUUCAGCCACAAGGUCCAGCUCUGGCACGAGGAGGACUCGGGCCACCUGCACUCGCAGCUGGAGGCGAGCUACGGGAAGCACUGGGACCAGAGUGGCAACAAGAGGCUUCUCCAUGUCAGCCAGACCUUCAAGAAUGACUCGGGGCCCGCUCUGAGCAAUCACUUCGUGGAGUUUGCGCUGCAGGUGCCCGAGAGGCAGGUGGAUUUUCGCAUGCAGCUGUACCACUCAAGCCUCCGCCUGCCGCACGUGGAGAGCAGCAGUCACCUGAAGGUGCAGUACAACAGGCGGCCACUGUUUGUGGCAGGCGGGCAGUGGAAGGACACAUCUCGGACCACCCUGUGGAAAUGGGAAGGAGACUUGAACCUGGAUAGUCCAUGGCUGAUGGUCUCUGCAGCUCACAGGUUGUACUGGCCACACCGAGCUGUGUUCCAAGCUGUCCUGGAGCUGACAUUGGGCAAGGCCUGGACCCUAAAGGACCUGGUGGUCAGUGUGGACUGCAGGAGUCAGGGUCCUACCAGGGAAGGCAAGAUCGAGGUCUACACUCCAGCUACCACCUACCUCCGGGUUUCCAUGGUGACGGUCUUGGCACAGAGCCUCUUCCACAGCUGGAGCAAACUCGAGUCAGCCUGGAACGCAGCAGUGCAGGGUGAGAUCCGUGCUGAGAACAGCUGGGACCGUAAGAUCCUGCACUGCUGGUUGAAAGGCGCCCAGCAGGAGCUCAACCUGACAGCGGCCUACAGGCGCCGGGAGUGGCCGCGGAAGACCCACGUGUCACUGAUGGCUCUGGGGGCAAGUGUCCAUGGCCAGCCUCGGGGCCUGCAGUUGGAGGGCGAGCUGGAGGAGCUGAGGCGAGACAGGACAUUGUACCAGAAACGGGGGACCUUGCUCCUUAGGCACCCCUUGCACCUGCCCAUCCCGCAGAGCCUCGUCCUGCAGGGGACCUUCACGGCUGACAGGCGACACCAGCGCUAUUCCCUGGAGACAAGGGUUGUCCUGAAUGGCCAGGAGGAAACCCUGCAGACUGUCGUCCUGGGCUACCAGGCCGGACGCCCCUAUGUCUGUGCAGGUCUGACGCAUCCAUACGAUGGCACAGCCAUCCCCAGGAACACAGAGGGGUGCCUGGUUACUUGGGAUCAGCACAAGGCUAAGAAAAGGGAGGUCGAGGCCACUUUGAAAGUCAACCGGAAAGUUGUCCUGCACUUAAAGGGUUUGCAUCAUGACAGAUCUCAGCGCGGGGAAAGCCGGCACAGCCUAGCCCUGGACUUGGCCCAUUCCUACGAGCUGUGGUUCCUGCAGGCCCUGAGCUUGGAUGGGGGCAUCAUCUUUAGACAGAGUCCUCCAGGAGCAUUCAAUUUUGGCAUCGAUACUCGAGCUGCCAUCAACCACAACAUCACAUCCCAGGUCUCGGUCCAGCUGAACAGAUCUGACUCCGACUUCACGUUUUUCUUCCAACUCAGACAUCCCCACAGACCAACAUUUCCUCCAAACUUCCAGGUGCAGGCAGCUGCUGGACACUACAGAGUGCGCAGCCUCAACGGGUCCCUAUCUGUGCAAAUGUCUGGCCGGGAGCUGGUUCUGCUGGAGGUCGACGCCAGCCAGGACACUCGGAGGAGCAGCCGGGGCUGGGGCCUGAGUGUCCUUCUCCACCAGACUGUCCUUGGCACCCCCAGGGCUGUUUGGCUGCAGCUGUCUGGAAAGAUCACCCCAGCAAGGAUUUGGCUGUUUUCCAAGGCACUACUGGACCAGAACACGGCACAGCUGCUCCUCAAGGCAUCUGAGGAAAGGAGGGGAGGCCAGGUCCUGACCUUCCAGAGCCGAACCCGGCUCACGGUGGCUGGCUGGGCAGCAAUGCCCCGCCUCCUGACACUCACAGGGAAGCUGAAGCAGACGGAGACGCUUCGAGAGGGCACCCUGAGAGUCACUGCUGACUCAGCUGUGCUGGGUUUCCUCCUGCGGGACAAGCAUGAGAAGGCAGGGAACGGCACCAGCAUGCGCAGCGUGACCUGUGUCCUCAUCCAGAACAGCAGCCAGGCCUUGCCCGAAGAGCUCCAGCUGAAGGGCCGGCUGCAUGCCCAGAGGGGGAGCCUGAAGGCCCAGGCCAGCGUCCGUGCCCACGCGGCCAGCCUGGCUCUGGGUGGAGCGUGCUCCUGGGGCCCCGGGCACAGCCAGCGUGCAGGUGGCCUGACGCUCGGUAUCAGCACACUGAGUGAUGCAGAACUCUACUCUAAGGCAGAGGCGCCCCUUUUUCUCACCCACGUGGCUGCCAACUGCUCAGCACGCCUGGUGCUGUGGAAUGCGAAGGGUCAGCUAGACGCUGCCCUUUACCUAGAGGGCCUGACCCCCGAGUCCCCGAGCUGCCAGCUCCAUGCCAGCCUCUGCCACACCCACACCAUGCCCAGCCUCAAGCACUGGGGCCUGCCCUUCUCCAUAGAUGGCUCCGGGCACUUCCAGAGUGUUGGACACAAUCUGGCAGCCGGGCUGACCGUGAACUUGGAUGGCGAGCAGCUCCACGCAGCCCUGGAGAGGAAGGCAGAGGGCGGCUGCCGGGGGCUGGUGCUGGGGCUGCACCACAGCCUCUCGGGGCUACAGGGCACACUGCCCUCCCAGCUAGAGGUCAACUGCAGCGGAGACGCCUCAUCCACCCAGCUGUUAGGACUCUGUCGAGGGGACGUCACUGGGCAGCCUCUUGAGGUCUUCAUGGACAUUCACAACGGCAGCUCGGGCUUUGAGCAUUCUGGACGCAUCCUGAUGGGACCCACAUCUCUCAACUACUCUGUGAGCUGCUGUUACCGUGACGGGCACCUGGAGCUCUCCGGCCAGAGUUGGCACAAUAGUGAGGCCUUGUUGUGGGCGGGACUCCCAGGCGAGGCCUCCCUGCUUGCAGAGCUGCAGAUAAGUGAGUCCCAGACCCAGGCCAGCGUGGCCCUCCGUGGCAGGGACGGUGGUGUCAUCGUGGGCCUGGCAGCCCUGGUGGUGUGGCCACUGCACGGCCCGCUGCAGAUGGUGGCCAAUGCCAGCCACACAGUGCCCGCUCUGCAGAGGCUGGGCCUGCCCUUCUCCAGCCAGCUCGUGUUCCUAGGACUGUGGGCGGCAGAAGAGAUGAGCUCCUCACUGCGUCUGACCUGUGAUUCUCAGGCCAGCUUGGUCCUUGACUUCCAUGGCCAGAACCAGGCAGUCAGCAAAGAGCUGCUGCUCUCAGGCCGGCAUCGCCUCCCCUCCCUCCAGGGCCGCUGCCCCAGCUCAGCCUCAGUCUCAGCUAAGCUACACUACUCCAAGGGUGAGGUUCAGAGCACGUUUGCCUUGGGCGUGGAGGAGCGUCAUUUUCACAUCAGCACCCAGCUGGUAGCUGCUAAGGCCAGUCUCGCCAACUUCAUGAAGCUGGAACAUUCCUUUCUGCAGAAGCUCGGUCUGGCCCAGUGGUUCUCAAAGCAUGGCCCCCAAACACCAGGCAUGGUGGUGUAG